UUUUCGAUGCGCGCUCCCCUCCCACUUUCACCACUUCUGCUUUCUGCUGAGGCGCUGCGCCUUUACGCACGGCUCCAGUGACAGUGUGGUGGAGUGUAUGGUGCCAUGCAGGCCGUCAGUGUUUGAGGGUUUUCCCAGUUAAAGCUGCCAUUGCUGCUCUAAGAUGAUCCUGCUGCCUGGUCUGCUUUUUAUUCUCUGGGGAGAAGCGGCUCGGUGUCGGUUGCAGGAUGGAAGCUUCACUUUCAAUGGAGAUGUUAACCACUACGCCGUGGCCACCAACACGGUUUACGUGGCUACAAAUGAUAUGCUGUACCAGCUGAGCCACGACCUCACCCUGGUCCACAGUGUGCCCCAGAGAGGAGUUCUGAAGCGCGGGGCCCAGGUGCCGUUUCACCGGGUUUCUGAGACGGAUUUCGCGAACGCAACUUUCAGGAUCAACGUGUUGCUUCCAUUGGUUGAGAACGAUACUUUGAUCAGCUGCGGGGUGAUCGACGAAGAGUGUGGCCACUGCGAGAUACUGAAGCUGAUGGACAUCUCCAGCCUCCAGCACAGUGAGAGCAUCCAGGUGGGAUCACUGGAUCACAGCAACGCGUCGAUCGCAGUCUUAGUGAAGGUGGAGAAGAACACCUACAUUCUGACCGCGUUACGGCAAAGUCCGAACCCGACGGAGAGGCCCAACUGCACAACUGACUUAGAAACUGUCCAGCUCCAAAACGCGGAGAAUAACCUGUAUGGAGGCAUAUUUUCUCUCAGCGACAAUAAUGGCAAGCCAUUGAUCGAAAGCAGUGGCGAAGUGGAGUUUGUGGAUGGAUUUCAGAUCAGUUCCACCAUGUAUCUGCUCUCCAACGUGCGCUCUACCGAUGAAAGCAACAGAAUCCGCCUGAUUUGGCUCAAGGGUGGAGGCAGCAAGACUCAGACUAUCAAGUCGCUGCGAGGUGCGACUCUCAAGGUCUCUGAAGCCGGAGGUCACAGACUCGUGGCCUCCUCGGUGAUCCCGGGGGCGCAGCCGGUGCUGUGGAGCGGAGUGUUCAGUGCGGACGUGGGACAGACCAACACCAAGCUGCUUGUGUUUGACAUCAGCCCUGAUUUCACCGCAAAAGAUAAUACAGAUCCAGACUUCUACAUCCACGGUGAAAAGAGGCCCAGUGCUGCCGAGCCGAAGACACUGAGGCCGAAAGCCGUGCUCUUCAGGCAGAGCAACAUGACCUCUGUGCUGGCAGUGAGGCACAAAACCUGGGUGGUCUUCUUCAUCGGGACUGGAGAUGGGCAGCUCAUAAAGCUCGCUGUGGAUAAGGACUAUCACACCUCCUGUCCCAUGGUGCUCUACAGAGCUGAUGACGAUCGCCAAGUGUUUCCCAAGAUUCAGCUGGAUCCGGUGGAUCGUAACUAUGUGUACGUGCCAGUAAGAAACCAGAUGAAGCGUGUUCCUGUAUCAAAUUGCAGCACGUACAGAGAUGUGAAGGAGUGUUGGUCUGCACAGGAUCCACACUGUGUCUGGUGUGGCUCCAAAGAUAGUUGCACGUUUGAAGACGACUGUGUAGAUUCCGACUGGUUGUCCAUUCCUGAGGAUUAUCAAGAGAAAAUGGUUUCCCACAGAGUUGCUAAGGAGCAAACUGGCCAGAUCACACUGAACGUCCAGACUCACCUGACCGCAGGUCAGAAGGCACGGUCCAACUUCGCCUGUCAGUUUUCUGUGAGGUCCGGUGCGCUUCACUGCACCAGUGGCCCUGCUCCGAUGUUCCCACAAUGCACCUGCAUCCUCCCUAAUGGCCCACUUCCCGCAGAAGUCUUUGUAAAAAUUAGAUUUGGGACGACGCAGUUAUUGGAACGACUGACGCUGACCAACUGCUCUGACAUCAGGGGUCCGCCAACCUCUGUCUUGUGUCGGCAGUGUUUCGAGGUCGGAUGCAGCUGGAGCAUAAACAAGUGUUCAUGGGCAGAUGAAGGAGUCAGAAAUGACAGUGUUUGCCAAAGGAUGGUGUCAGGAAAAAAGUUUUCUACGCCAGAGAUCUCCUCCAUCGAUCCCGGCGUUGUGUCUUUCUACGGCAGAAACCAUGCGGUGUUAUACGGUCUUAACCUCAGUGACGUGACCAGAGUGAGGAUGCAGGCGCACACAGAAUGCAAGCCACAAGAAUCUCCUGUUUGGAAUAACACAGGCACGAGUCUGACGUUCCACAUUCCCAGUGUGGAUAGUAAAGGCGUGGUCAAAGUCUGUGCCCUCCUCCCAGACGGUAGUUGCCACGGCAGCAGCACCAUCACCUACCAGUCAUCCCCAUCUUGCUCGGCCAUUGUACCAAACAGCACCUGGCUCAGUGGGAAGAGGAAGUUGACAAUCAUAGGCUCUCAUCUGGACUUUGUGGAAGGUGUCACGCAGAGCCACGCCCUGCAGGAAGUCCGACUUCCUCAAAACAGGACCUAUCAGAAUCUCACCUUUGAAACAGUUGCAGCUGUAAAUGCACAGGGGCCUUUUCCCAGCACUGUGUUUCUGAAAGUAGGCAACAAAACGUUGCCCUGCACCCCAACCAUCACCGUCUACCCAGAGCCCAAGUUUAUCAGCUUCAAAUCCAUCCUUGUCGGGGACUACGUGCGCAUCACCAUAGAGAAAAAGGCAGACAAACUGGAGAUGAUGAAAACAGAGUUGUCAGUAAUGGCCGUUCUGGGAGAAGAACCUUUCAACUGCAACAUGACGGCCCAAGAAAGUCACAAUGGGACUGACACGUUUGCCUGUGAAAUCCAAGACAAACGGGUUGCUGAAUUUCAGCAUUUAAUUAUAAAGUAUGGAGACGAGAUGGUAAAACUCCAUCGUAAAUCAUCGUUUCCGUUUAUUUGGCUGCGGCUCUUUCUGCUGCCGAUACCCUGCAUUAUCAUCACGGUGGUGAUGGUUUACCGAAGCAAACAGAAGAAGCUCACCGAUAAGAUGAAAAAUGACAUGGAAAACCUAGAGCUGGACAUCAGGAACGAUAUCAGACAAGAUUAAAGACAAGUUGAACGAGUAACGGAGCAACUGCAUCAUGUCAAAACAGUUUGACGGACUGAAGAGCUGCUCGUGGUGCGGAGCUGCCUGAGCCCCCACAGGAAGGUGGCAGGAGCCGGUAACCGUCAUGUGUGUGUUAAGUAGUAAUUGUCAGGGUUUCCUGAUUUGUCAGUGAUACGUCAUCAUGUCAGUAGUUAAUUUGUGAUGAGCAUUUAGUGGUUAAAGGUUCAUUGUGUAGGAUCUAGUGCCACCUAGCAGUGAGGGUUCAGAUUGCUACCAACUGAAUGUCCGAUGCUAUGAUCUCUUAAGCAACGAGGAUUCAGGUGAUUGCAUAAUGAUCCAAAGAUGAUUAGGAAAAGGAUUGUCUGUUUAAGUUUAAUGGGCAUAGAUUGCCUUAAAUCCUCCACAAUGAAUCUUCAACUGUUCACUGUUGUGCUAUGAAGUUAAAUACACAAAGUCCAAAGUGUCACCAAAAGUGUUUAUCAGUAAAUCAUAGUCAUUUAUCAAUAUCCUUCAUGUAAAGCAGGGUGGACGUGACAUCCAGUCGGUAUAAACAGUGUGUAAUUCAAAGCCUGUUCAACUUUUGUAUCAACUCUGUGACUCGAGAGCAAAAGUAUAACAACAGCAUCAAAUCCUGAGGUGGAUUACCAUCACAGUAGCGAGACGUGUAAAUGCAUCAAUAAACGUUCAAUGUAUU